ACGAGCAGAGCUGGACAAUGAGCUGGGCAGCUCGGCGUGGCGGCCACUUUUAGCUGGGGGCGCGGGCGGGCCGGCGCUUCCGCCGCUGAGGGGCCCCACCUGCGAGAAGAGGGAGGGAUGCCGGAGCCAGGUGUCCCGGCGCUUUAAGGCCCAUCAUAGUCAGAGCUUCCUGCGCUGGUCCUCACCCUAACGCAAGGCUCCUUGGAAGGUUUUUUUUUUUUGUGGGGAGCCCGCGGAGCAGCCGCUAUGGCCAGCACCAGGAGUAUUGAACUGGAGCACUUUGAGGAGCGGGACAAAAGGCCGCGGCCGGGGUCGCGGAGAGGGGCGCCCAGCUCCUCCGGGGGCAGCAGCAGCUCGGGCCCCAAGGGGAAUGGGCUUAUUCCCAGCCCGGCGCACAGUGCCCACUGCAGCUUCUACCGCACGCGAACCCUGCAGGCCCUCAGCUCGGAGAAGAAGGCCAAGAAGGCGCGCUUCUAUCGGAAUGGGGACCGCUACUUCAAAGGCCUGGUGUUUGCCAUCUCCAGCGACCGCUUCCGGUCCUUCGAUGCGCUCCUCAUGGAGCUCACCCGCUCCCUAUCCGACAACGUGAACCUGCCUCAGGGAGUCCGCACCAUCUACACCAUCGACGGCAGCCGGAAGAUCACCAGCCUGGACGAGCUGCUGGAAGGUGAGAGUUACGUGUGUGCAUCCAAUGAACCAUUUCGUAAAGUUGAUUACACUAAAAAUAUUAAUCCAAACUGGUCUGUGAACAUCAAGGGGACAACAAGAGCCUUGGCCACUGCCUCCUCUGUGAAAAGUGAAGUAAAAGAAAGUAAAGAUUUCAUCAAACCAAAAUUAGUGACUGUGAUUCGAAGUGGAGUGAAGCCUAGAAAAGCUGUGCGGAUCCUUCUGAAUAAAAAGACUGCUCAUUCCUUUGAACAGGUCUUAACAGACAUCACCGAAGCCAUUAAACUAGACUCAGGAGUGGUUAAGAGGCUCUGCACCCUGGACGGAAAGCAGGUUACUUGUCUGCAAGACUUUUUUGGUGAUGAUGAUGUUUUUAUUGCGUGUGGACCUGAAAAAUUCCGUUAUGCUCAAGAUGACUUUGUCCUGGAUCACAGUGAGUGUCGAGUCCUGAAAUCAUCUUAUUCUCGAUCCUCAGCUGUUAAGUAUUCUGGAUCAAAAAGCCCUGGGCCCUCUCGUCGCAGCAAAUCACCAGCUUCAGUAAAGAGGGGUGGCCACUACUCCAGUGCCUAUUCUACAGCCAAAUCCCCAGUUAAUGGAACUCCCAGCAGCCAACUUUCUACUCCUAAAUCUACAAAAUCCUCCAGUUCCUCUCCAACUAGCCCAGGAAGUUUCAGAGGAUUAAAGCAGAGUUCUGCUCACGGCAGAUCUUCUUCUAAUGUAAACGGUGGCCCAGAACUUGAUCGUUGCAUGAGUCCUGAAGGUGUGAAUGGAAACAGGUGCUCUGAAUCAUCAACUCUUCUUGAGAAAUACAGAAUUGGGAAGGUUAUUGGUGAUGGUAAUUUUGCGGUAGUCAAAGAGUGUAUGGACAGGUCCACUGGAAAGGAGUUUGCCCUAAAGAUUAUAGACAAAGCCAAAUGUUGUGGAAAGGAACACCUGAUUGAGAAUGAGGUGUCAAUACUGCGCCGAGUGAAACAUCCCAAUAUCAUCAUGCUGGUUGAGGAGAUGGAAACAGCAACGGAGCUCUUUCUGGUGAUGGAAUUGGUUAAAGGUGGAGAUCUCUUUGAUGCAAUUACCUCUUCAACCAAGUACACUGAAAGGGACGGCAGCGCCAUGGUGUACAACCUAGCCAACGCCCUCCGGUAUCUCCAUGGCCUCAGCAUUGUACACAGAGACAUCAAGCCAGAGAAUCUUCUGGUGUGUGAAUAUCCUGAUGGAACUAAGUCUUUGAAACUGGGGGACUUUGGGCUGGCUACUGUGGUGGAAGGCCCUUUAUACACAGUCUGUGGCACACCAACUUAUGUGGCUCCAGAAAUCAUUGCUGAAACUGGCUAUGGCCUGAAGGUGGACAUUUGGGCAGCUGGCGUGAUCACAUACAUUCUCCUCUGUGGAUUCCCACCGUUCCGAAGUGAGAACAACCUCCAGGAAGAUCUCUUCGACCAGAUCUUGGCUGGGAAGCUGGAGUUUCCGGCCCCAUACUGGGAUAACAUCACAGACUCAGCCAAGGAAUUAAUCAGUCAAAUGCUUCAGGUAAACGUUGAAGCUCGGUGUACCGCAGGACAAAUCCUGAGUCACCCCUGGGUGUCAGAUGAUGCCUCCCAGGAGAAUAAUAUGCAAGCUGAGGUAACAGGUAAACUAAAACAGCACUUUAAUAAUGCGCUUCCCAAACAGAACAGCACCACCACCGGGGUCUCCGUUAUCAUGAACACGGCUCUAGAUAAGGAGGGGCAGAUUUUCUGCGGCAAGCACUGUCAAGACAGCAGCAGACCCGGGAUGGAGCACAUCUCUCCAGUUCCUCCCUCAGCCGAGGAGCCCCCUGUGUCUGGGGCAGCAGCCCUGGCCUCGGCCCCUCCGGAAUCUCCCACACCCCCCUGUCCUCCUGCUGCCAUAGGCUGUGAGCGGGCAGGGACCUGGCGCCGCCACCGUGACUGAGCCUCGUGCAGACAGGCCGAAGCCGCCUGCUGCCAUGCCAGGAGCCGGCUCGUCUGCUCAGCCUGGCCGUGCGCCUCUCACUGAAAGCCUUUCUCUCUUGACUGCUUGUUUGUGAGUUUGCUGGCAUUCUCCUCAGGCUGCCUGGGAACCAGGAGCCCGGUGCUGGGGCUUGGCCUUGUCUGGCACUCUGGGCUCUGCCUUCGGUUCCUGGAGGUAUCAUAUACUGUGUCAGCUUUGGUGACAGAUAUUCAGAGUAACUCAUUUUAAAUCAUCCAUGUUUUCAGUUCAGUGACAUUUUACAGCUUCGCCAGGAGAAUGUGCAACUUUUAUUCAGUAUUAAAUGCAUUUUUAUAGAAAUACUUUGGAUGAACCAAGAUCUCUCCCUUAUUUUAAACUCAAGUGCUCCUUUUUUUUUUUUUUUUUUUUUUGUACAAAAGACUUAGAAUUGCAUUUGUCCCUGCGUGGAUGUCCUGUGAGAAGUGACAUGACACCUUCCUCUGCUGAGGGGGGUUGAGGGGGCUGGCUUUCUAAUAGAAGAAAUGAGCACCUAAGAGGACAAUCUGGUCAUUGGACACUAAUUCCAGACUUUGAGAAGUGCUUUCAGACGCCCAAUGAAGCAGCACAGCCAAUCGGCUGGCGGCGCUGGGCUCACUUAAGACAGCACUUGGUAUUUAUUUGUACACAGACUACAGCAGGUCAUUUCUUCCCUAGACGUUGUGUCUUUCCCCAACUCUUCUCACUUAUGUAUUAGGAAAUGCUGAUGGAAUUGCCCUUUGGGUUUUCUACCGGAAGGCUUGGUGCAUGUGGCAUUGCCCUGGCUGAGGCAGUUUCUUUUCAGCAAGCCAGUCACUGAGGAGCAGAGUCAAUCGCGUCCCAAGUAGCCAGCCACCAGUGUCUCCUUCCAUCAUCCGCUUUUCAUCUGGAGCAGGGCCAGACAUCGCAGCGAAGAAACUUGCCUCAAGGCAGUCAGGACUAGGGCCGCUCUGUUGUCAACCUUCUGAGAGGCUGCUGGCAGUCUUUCCUUUUCCCUCCACCCUGCUGCUUUUAAUAAUUGUACGUAAUCAGUGUAUUAGUUUUCCUGCUCAUCUUCUAAACUGGUGGGCCCUGUAGUUCAUUCUCACUGUUGGAUUUUUGCCUUCUACAAGUGUAC